GCAAAACAGAACAGCGCUGUGCGCAUUUAGCAAAGUAUGCAUAAUAUCAGACCUUAACUAAUCUUCGAAAGGCUACAUUGCAAGGAGGCCACCAUAGCUCUAUGAUGAGCAUCGAGAUACCUGUUGGUUUGAAGGACAUGCUGCAAGGAUACACUGUGGAGGUAUUACGGCGCAGACCGCCAGAUUUGGUUGAAUUCGCAAUCCAGUAUUUCACGCGUCUACAAGAGAGCCGAAAACACGACAAACAUGCGAACUUCAGCCCCGCCAAUUCUGCUCGAAAAGGCGUGGCUUUUGAUAGUAAUUCGGUUGAAUCAGAUGAAGACUCUGAUGACUAUAUGCCACCUCCCACCCCAAAUAAAUACAGUCGCAGAGUAUCUGUGUGUGCGGAGGCCUAUAACCCAGACGAUGAUGAGGAUGAGGACUUUGAGCCAAGGGUGGUACACCCCAAAUCAGACGAGCAGCGUCGCAGACUCCAGGAUGCCUGCCGAGAUACAUUACUGUUCAAAACCCUCGACCAGGAGCAGUUCUCAGAGGUGCUGGAUGGCAUGUUUGAGGUAUUGGUCAAACCACAGGAGCACAUCAUAGACCAAGGGGACGAUGGAGACAACUUCUAUGUCAUAGAGAGGGGUGUGUAUGAUAUUAUUGUACUGAUUGACGGAGUUGGGAAAUGUGUGGGAAAGUAUGACAACAAGGGCAGUUUCGGGGAGCUGGCGCUCAUGUACAACACCCCACGUGCUGCCACCAUCAUGGCCACCCAGGAGGGGGCACUGUGGGGACUGGAUCGGGCCACAUUUCAUAGACUCAUAGUGAAAAACAAUGCCAAGAAGAGGAAGAUUUACGAAGCCUUCAUUGAGUGUGUACCCCUUCUAAAGUCUCUCGAGCUCUCUGAGAGGAUGAAGAUCGUUGAUUUUGUGGGAAUGAGAGUGUUCAGAGAUGAGGAGUGCAUCAUAACACAGGGGGAUAAGGCAGAUUGCUUCUACAUUGUGGAAUCUGGGGAGGUGAAGAUCAUGAUAUUAAGCAAAACUAAGGCAGGGCAGCAGGGUAAUGCAGAGGUGGAGAUUGCACGCUGCUCUAGGGGCCAAUACUUUGGAGAGCUGGCUCUGGUCACCAACAAACCACGUGCAGCAUCCGUCUAUGCUGUGGGAGUUGCCAAGUGCUUGGUAAUAGACAUUCAGGCGUUUGAGCGUUUGCUGGGUUCCUGUAAGGAGAUUAUGAAGAGGAACAUUUCCCAAUAUGAGAACCAGCUGGUAGCUCUGUUUGGUUCUAGUGUAGAUUUGAAACAUUAACGUAUAAUUGUCUUUGUAAGAAAUGUCACACACUAACACACACAGAGUACUUCUUGAACACAAACAGGUGGAUACACAGACUCUCUUUAGUAGUAUGGAUGUAUAUAAAUUAUACACAGUGUGUAUACUUACACCACAACAUAUUGGUUGACAUUUAAUUGUACAAUCUACUGUACAUGAUUUAUAAUUGACAUCCAUGUUACUAUGUGAAUGGCCUCAAAUGACUGAUUAUUUUAUUUACAUGUAGCUACUAGUAUUUUCCUUUUUUUUUUUUUUACUAUUAUUGUGAAAGUAUCCGUAUUCUUCACCAUGUUGGUAAAUUGUUCAUGUAUAAUUCUAGUCCAAUAGAGCUUCCUCAAAUGCUGUUUUGAACGGAAUUUGUCUAAAGGCCCAUGAUCAAUCAAUCAAAUAUUAACAUGUACUUUGCUUUUAUAUGGAAAGACUUGUUUCAUCUGCAGAUGGUGAGAUUUCAUAAAUGUAAUCCCUGAUGAAAACCUAAGGGGUCGAAAUGUUAUCAUUUCGUAAAUUGAAGCUUUUAAUAUGCAAUUUGUUUUUUGCAAUUCAAUUUUUAAUUGAAGCAAAGUUUGAAAUGUGCUGUGUGGCACUGUAGUUCAUUGGACUUUAAGUGGUGUGAAAGCCAAUGGUGGCUGGGGGUGUGUAAGGACUUGGCCCAAUGUGUCACUUAUGCAACUAUUCUGUGAUUACUUAACACAAUUCCAAUGCACAGUAACCCCUCUGGUAGACAGUAUCAGUGAUUAAAUGCUAUUAAACUAUAGAACGUUACAUUAAUAAUUGAAUGCAUUUCCAAAUACUUGACAAUGUGAAGGGAAAUCGCCAAAUCCACCACCACAUCCUGUAUCAAUAUGUUACAUAAACCUAACCCAACUGUUAGGAAUGCAGAAGUAGGCCUUUACUGAACAGAUUAUAUUUAUACAAUGUUCAAACAUUUAUUUCAAACAGACAGCAUCUCAAAGAGAAAUAACAAUGACAAACAUCCAGAUGAAAUAAAAGAGCUCAUUUAAUGUUCAAGUUUUCUGGAUUGUUUUUUUAUUGGAGUAACAAAAUGUGAAGUGCCCUCAGCGAACUCCACACGAGUUUGCCAACCUGCUGUGUUAGAAGCAUUUACUCCACAAAAUCAAGGGGUUUCCCUCUGCGUCCUUCCUUACAACCCCAACAAUCCCACCUUACCAUCUUGUAUUUCCACGGUUGGUUGGUUGGAAGUCUCUCGGUGUCAAAUUGUCCCAAGUUCCAUUUUGUCCGUUUUAAAUAUUUAAAAUAUUUACAGAUUCCAGUACUCCAAAACUCCUUAAAUCCCACUGUUGCUCGUAUAACGCGGAAACAGGUGGAACGGAAGAGCCUUGUCUGGUUUGAGUAGAGAGAAAAUGGAACAGCAGAGCUGGUGGAAUCAAAGGGGUUUGUUAGGCUGACCCUGUCCUCUCUACAAGAUCUAUGAGUCCCAAAUGGCACCCUAUUUCCUUUGUGUACUACUUUUCACCAGGGCUUUAAGUAGUGCACUAUGAGGAAUAGGGUGCCAUUUGAGACAUGCCCUAUUAGGGUGCCCUAAUAGUAUUUUGAAGUUAAUGCUUUCUCCUCUAUGGGAAAGGCUGGAAAAUGACAUUUGUUUAAAUACAUGUUGAAAUGUCUAUUUUUUUUUUUUCAUUGCUGUACAAUGACUUCUAUGAUCCUUUCUUAUGAAGAAUUGAAAAAUGAACCAUAAUCAUUAAAAGAUGAAGGAAAAAAAGGCCACACAGUUAGUCACUCAUUCUUCUUAUUCAUCAAACAUCCAGAUUUUUCUUCAAAGUAACUCCCUACGUAAAAAUAAAACUCCCCAAUAAAUACAAAUACAGCAGGAAAA